AAAUCUUUCUUAUCUUUUUUGUUUUUUAACUGUUUUAUUGGUCAAUUUUUUUCCGGCAUGGAUAUCGACGGAGAUGUCGAUGGAAUUCUUGCGCAAGAACUUUCGCGAAUGGGAACAAAUGAUCGCGAAAUUAUUAUUAAACAAUUUCAGCAAUUAAUUGGUGGAAAUCUUGAGCAAUGUCCAGAAACAUGUACAUUUUUCCUUGAAAUGAACAAUUGGAAUUUACAAGAAGCAGUCGGUUCAUAUUACGAUUAUGGUGCAAAUGGAAUGACUGGAUGUCCACCCCAAUAUACUACACAUUUGCCAUCAAUGCUAUUUAUUAAGGACAUCACGAUUGGCGAAGGUGAAAGUGUUCCCCCUUCAACUCGUUUCACGAAAACAUGGCGUGUUAAAAAUACUGGUGCAGAAUGUUGGCCAUCUGGUUGUUUCAUUAGUUUCAUGGAAGGUGCUCAGUUAUCUGAUGUUUCGCGGCUGUGGGUCGCAUCUUUAAAACCUGAUGAGGAAGGUGAUAUAAGUGUGGAAAUGAUUAGUCCUGCAGAUAAAGGAAUAUAUCAGAGUAGGUGGCAACUAAAUACGAUGGCUGGAAUUCCAUUUGGAGAAUCGAUAUGGUGCAUUGUAACUGUCGAUGAUAUGGGAAUACUGGAUAUAACGCAGAAACUAGCAUCAGCACCUCUUGACGAUUUUUCUUCGACUAGCGGAACUUGUUUAAAUUCUUUUUCACCAGCAUUUAUCGAUAAUAAAAAUUUUGAGUUAAGGAAGGAUAAAUCACAAGAAAUUGAACAUACGGAUGAUAAUAACAUGGAUAAUAUUGCUUUUGACCCUCCUGAAAGCCCGAAUGGAAGUUCAUCAUUAUAUAAUGCUGUCAUCAGUCGUCUGCCACAGGUUUUUUGGGAAUCAUUUAACUGA